AUGAAUCGCCCUACAUUAACGCCUUUUUUGCUUGUAGCGAUUUUGUGCAUAGGAGGAAUCUCUGAUUGUACAGCUGUGGAUCAAGGCCUCCGUUUGCAGAGUUAUUCCGCAGACCACGUAGAGGGAUGUUACGUCCACAAUAAAACCUUGGGCGUCUGCUUCGAUAUUCGUGAAGGAUUCAUGAAAUUGUUAAAGGCCAAUGGCGAUGAGAUGGUUCUUUACAUGGACCUUGGACCUGAAAUGUUUUACUACAACAUUAUGGGUCAGGGUUUCAUUGGGUAAGUAUGUGAUUCAGUCCUCAUUUGGAAAUGGCUACCAUUAAUUACAUCGAAGGACGAAAGAGGGCCUUCGUUUUAAUUUUCCUCUUAAAUAUUUAUAUUAGUUUCAAAGGGUAGUUCCUUAAAGUGCUCAUGACGCGAAAUUUUUUUUUUGCAUUUUAUGCUUGAUAGCUGUAUUUAAAAUUAGAAAUAAUCGACCUUAGCGCCUAGCGAGUUCUCCUUGACCAUUAUUGGGGCAUUGAAGGUACGAUUUGGCAGCCAAAAUGUGUCCCUGUUACGCGCGCGGCCAAAAUGACCAUGUUACGUAGCUGUGACGUAGAAAACUGUGAACACACGUGGUCAAUUAUGGUUAAAGGAGAAAUCAGUAAGGUAGGACGAACGUAUUACGUGGCCGAAGCGCCAAAUGAUGUUAGCUACAAGAAUAAUACACAUAAACUGGGUAUUUCUAUACACUACUUUCGAAAGGAUGUAGCUGUAUGGCCAAAAUAGACGCGUUUCGAUCGUCGAUAUCGAGAAGAUUUUACUCUUCGACGUCGUCGGCCUUUUGCUCCGUAACGGCUUCGAAGACGCCUGUUACGAGCACAUACCACUUGUCAAAUCAGGGGAAGAUAACCAAUGAAUUCGCCUAAAAAGAAUGCUGAUUAAGGGGCUAGUUUCUACACCGUACACGUUAAUCUAACAUUCUUUUCGGCUGACGUUUCGCAAGCGAAGAAUGGUGAUCUCCUUAUUGUUGUUUAUUUCACGCGCUUGAGAUGUACUCAUACUCCUUGUCUUUCCACAUGACUACAUUUGCGCUUUUCUUAUCGUAUGAAAAUCCUACCAAUUGUAGUUUCCAUCGUAUUUUAAUAACAGAUUUACAUCAUUUGUAAUGAAGUUCAAGCCCUUUCCUGAGCUGACCGUUAUCCUGUUUCGAACUGUUGCGUAACAGUGCGAAACCUCUGGCAGAUACUGGCGUAAAGACAAGUAUGAAGGGGCCGUGAAUUCUCCUAACCUUGGUUUCCGAAGGGUCAUCCCACAAGCUAUCAAUUACUCCCUGCCCUCAAGAAACUAAAAGCAGCAACAGUAGCAUUAUCAUUGUGAUAACAGCGCUGCCACGAGAUAAAUAAGGAAACACUAAUUUUAUUGAAUUAGAUGGUACCGAAUCCAAGUGCCUUGUUACAUGUACAGUCGAUGCGUACGAAAUAUUCAUUUAUAGUACUAAUGUCAGAUUUUUCCUUUGAGCGGAAUGGGUCAUAUGACAAUGCUGCACUUAAACCAAAGAAGUUUUUCUCUAUUAAAAUUCCUAUUUGAGAUUAGCUUGAAUCAGAUGACUAUAAACUCACUCGUUUUCCGUUCGGUUUGAGGGGCUCGACGAUCACGACGACAGCCUCUGCCUUUGCGAUCUCUGAGGAAAGCAGAAACUUGCGGUGAAACUGCUCGAUGAAUUUUCGGAAAAAAUUCAUCGUGCCUCGUGACACAGCUGAUUCUUUCGUAAAAAGCUAGCUUUUGGUUUACCAAAGGAAUUUCUCUACAACAACGAAACUCUCGAGCACGGAGGGGAACCUUCAACGCACUUAGUGCGAAGGAAUAAAAUGCUAUGGCAACAGAAUUGAACACAGCUACCCACUCUUAACGUAGAUUUCGUCAUAGAAAACAAAACACAAACGCAGCAAACUAAACAUUAAGUUACGGGUAUUUUUUGUUCUGAUCUUCACCUAAACACCGCAGGCGAGAAACCGUCUUUGUCAGUCUUUGUCGAAAUCUUCGUUUGAUGCAACGCGGUUCUCCUUCCUACGGCUGAACCGUACUCGCAACUUCCGGUAGAGCUUGCUGAAGAUAGGUAUACUUCGCUAUCGCACGUUAUUUCAAGAGUAUUUCAACGCUGACUGAUAUAAAAUUAUAAGAGAUGAGAGAGAUUUGCAAGUGUCAACUGAAAGUUUUCACCGUUUUCUACGUCAUCAGCCGCUAAUUCGUUACCAGUCCACGGGACACUUUUAAGACAAAAUAAGAGCACUUCAGGGUGCCAAAAGACCGAGUUUUAAGUUUUUAGAUAAUUUUCUCCCAUCGGAAUUGGUUUGUACAUAUGAUGAACUAAGUACUUACGCAAAAAAUAAAAAAUUCGUGUCAUAGGCACUUUAAGAAUUUCCAUGAUGUUCCUUUGUCUGCUUCAUUUUUGUCAAGAAUUAAAACAGGAUCGAUUGAUUUUUUAGUUCAUUAAUUGACCACUUUUCGGUUUGAAAUCCAUGCCAGAAAUCCAUUCUCUGCUCAAUCCUUUGCCAUCACUAAAUAAUUUGAUCCACAACAAGAAAGUGAUUUAAUUGGCAGAGCUUUUCCUCGUUCCACAGACAUGGUCCUUUAUCUGUUUAUGUCCCUGCCAACAUUCCCGCAAGUCCAGAAGCGCUGAGGGAGUUUUUGAGACGCAGUUCUCAGAAUGAUAAGGAACAAGAGGACCUCAUGAAGAAUCAUUACCUGGAAGCCAUAGGUGAGCUCCAGCAUGUCCCAGAAACUCACUUACUGGAGCAGCUGUCUGCGGCCCUGGGCGAUAACUCAACUCGUUUAGAAAUUCUCCAGCCUUUUCAUUCCUUGUGCUUCAACUUACUGAAAACUUCUGGUGUACAGAUCGCACCCGAGCUACGAGCUGCACAUGACGUGGAGGAAGAUUACGCUGAUUAUGGUCAAGACAGGCAGAAGCGCGGUUGCGUGAGGCCAACGGCGAAUAAAUGCCGCGGACUUUGCGGUAAAGGAUGUUGGUGCUGGAAGUGGUUUUGUGGAGAUUGCUGUUGGCAUCGGGGCUGUUAUGAGCAUGACCUGUGUUGCAAGAGGAAACCGUACAGUUCUUACUGUUUGGUGCCAAUUGGUUUAAAGUGUUCUGGUUUCAGUUCUUAUAAAAAAUGCAUGAAAGAAGGAUCAUGGUUGGGAAAAUAA